AUGCUCUUCACCUUGUUCUUUCUCACAUACCUGGUCACCAUCAGUGGCAACAUCACCAUCAUCACCAUCAUCCAUGUGGACCGAACCCUCCAUACUCCCAUGUAUCGCUUCCUGGUGGUGCUGUCCCUUUCUGAGACCUGCUACACACUGGUGACCAUCCCCAAUAUGCUGGCACAUCUGCUGAUGGAGAGCCAGGCCAUCUCCAUCACUGGCUGUUGGGCUCAGAUGUUCUUCUUUCUGGGACUGGGUUGCAGUCAGUGUUUCCUCCUUACACUGAUGGGCUAUGACCGGUACGUAGCCAUCUGCCACCCCCUCCGCUACUCAAUGAUCAUGAGAUCCACUAUUUGCUUCUGGCUGGGAGCCCUUGGGUUCUGCUCUGGGUUCUGUGUGGCCUUGAUAGAGACCACCAUGAUCUUCUCCUCGCCUUUCUGCCAUAGCAACCGUGUGGAGCAUUUCUUCUGUGACAUUGCCCCUGUCCUGAAGCUCAGCUGCACGAAGAGUGCCAGCAAAGCAUUAGUCAUCUUCUUCCUGAGCAUCCUCGUCGUGCUGGUCUCCUUUCUCCUCAUUCUCCUCUCUUAUGCCUUCAUUGUGGCUGCCAUUGUGAGGAUCCCCUCAGCAGCUGGCCGGCACAAGGCCAUCUCCACCUGUGCGGCCCAUCUCACCGUGGUCAUUGUGCAUUUUGGCUGUGCCUCCAUCAUUUACCUGCGUCCUGAGUCAGGGGGAAACCGUGACCAGAACUGCCUAGUGGCUGUGUUUUACACCGUGGUGACUCCGUUGAUGAAUCCCGUGGUGUACACACUGCGGAAUAAGGAGGUGAGGGUGGCUCUGAGGCGGAACCUGGCCCGAAGCUGUGAGUCUCAGAGUUUUUAA